CUCUGAGGAAGACCUUUUCCGGUUCAAAUCUUCAAAAUGUCGCCCUGCUUCGGCGUUCGGGCCGCGGUGCUCCGCGGGGCUCUACGCGGACCUGUUGUCCUCCACAGCCGGACACAAAGCGGCCAUGCCGCCGCCGCCGGGCCCGGGCUGGCGUCCCACCCGGCCGUGGUGGAGUCCACGGAGGAGUACGCGUUCGUGGAGCGGCUCAUUCCUCCAUCUCGAGUUCCCGCUCCGCCUAAACACGCCGGAGCCGCCCCGUCCGGAUGGAUCCCUCCGGCCGAGUCUCCGCCGGAUCUACCGUACAUGAUCCGCCGCUCCCGCAUGCACAACAUCCCGGUUUACACGGACCUGACUCACGGUAACCGCAAGAUGACGCUGGUGCGGAAGGUGGAGGGGGACAUAUGGGCUCUGGAGAAGCACGUGAAGGAGUACCUGAAGGAGGUGACGGGGAAAGAGCUGCCCACGCAGGUCAACGAGGUCACCAUGACGCUAAAGGUCAAAGGUCACUAUGACCUGGAGCUGAAGGAGUGGCUGGCCAGCAGAGGCUUCUGACCGUGGAGCUGCAUCAGCUUUUCUUGUGUAGAGACGGUCUGAUAAUGUUCAUGUCGGCUGUUGCCUCAUUAAACAUGGCUGCUGUGA